AUGACAACCACAGCUUCAAUACCAAGCAACUAUUCCUCAUCCAAUCUCUCUUCUCAAUCCAUUCAAUUCUCGGACACACAACCAGCCAAUGAAGAACAAUAUCGAGAGGUUCUUUCAUUAAUGCGGGAUUAUAACAUUUCAUAUGAAUCCGUGUUGGAUGAUUCAGAUUCGAGACAAAUUUUACACGAUUUUAUGAAAUUCAAUCGAAAUGAAGAGUGUUUACUUUUUCUUGAACAUGUGAGUGAAUACUUUAGAAAGAGGUCACUCAGUAACAAGUGGAACGCACUUUGCGAAAUUGAAAGAGUCUUUUUUAACGGAAAUUCUAUUCAUGAAUUGAAUUUACCACAAAAGGUGAGAGAAUUGUUUUCACACAGUUUUGAGAGUUUGUGUGAAAGGUAUGAAUGGAAUGGAAGUGAUUUUUCUGAAAAGAUUGAAACCAUCACAUCAACAGCUUCUACGAGUUCGUCAUUCCAAGAAUUGUCAACUGCCAAAUCUUCAUUCGAGAGCUUUUUGUUAACAUGUGAAGAUGCCUUAAAAAAAGCAGAAUCGUAUGUCAUGGUCAAUCUCAAAGAACAUGUCUUUCCUCGGUUUUUAGAAUCUAAAAUGUUUGUCUCCUUCCUCUCUAAACGUGAUAAGACCUUCCUUAACAAAAUCGGAAAUGUCAAAAACCUCACUCAUUCAUGUUUUGUAGAAUCAUUAAUGGAUAUGAAGAAGUGCGAAAUAUCAGUCGAUCAAGUCCGAAUGAUUAAGAAGCAUGUUCUCGAUCCUCGACGAUGGCAACUCUAUUUUGAAGACAAAAAUUGUAAAGUUCACUUUUCGUCCUCACGAUACACUUUGGGAGCUGAGAAAGAUGAAAGCGGUGGAAUUAGUUUUUCCAAAUCUGAAUGUAUCUUUCCGUACACAGCCCAACAAGUUAUGAGUGUCAUGUGUAACAAGCAAAUUCGUCUUCAAAGUGAUAAGAAUUUAGAUUCAGCCACACAACUUGCUUAUCGAUCGAAAUUUGAAGUUCAACAACAAUUAUCCAACAAGAAAGAUUCUUCAUGCAUGACAUCUGAACAACAACGGCAAGGAAAUAAUCCAUCAUCUUCCAAUAGUGCCUCAACGAUUGAACAAGAGGACGACUUGAGCAGUUCAUGCAGCAAUGACGAAGAUUCUCUUUCAACAUCUGCCAAUACUGACAGCUCACAACUGUCAUCUUCAUUGCCAGAGCAAGUGCCUUCUCCUCAACCCAAUUCACCUCCAAUUCCUCAAAGACUGCCACGACAUGAUCGUCAAGCAUCAUCUUCUCAAAGACGUCACACUUCUGGAAAAACAAAACUUGCUUGCACCAUCACUCAUGAAGUCUACAAAUUAAUUUGGCCCAUCAAAUCACGAUUUUACUUCCUUUGUCAGAGUAUGGUUCAUGAUUUAACUGAUAACAUGUACAUUGUGUGUAAAAAAUCAUGUGAACCUUCUUUAUGCAAAGAUUUGAAAAUUCCAAAUUUGCAACAAUUCGAUAACAAUGACCAUAUUAAGGCAGCCAAUGUGGGUUGUUGGAUUUUCCAACCCAUUACCACUCAUGAUGGAAAAGAACAUUGUCGUUACAUUCAAUUCAUUGGCACGGAUUUGAAAGGUUCAAUGCCUCGAUGGAUCAUUGAGAAAAUUAUUAAGGGAAGAGCUAAAAACUUUUAUUAUGACAUGAUGAAAAUGUUAGAAAAGAAUGAAGCAGUAUUGACAAAAGGAGAACGACCAACUGAUUCCAGUGGAUUUUUUGAAACAUUGGAUGAAAAUGGAAGUGUCAUCUUGUAA